AUGAAGUUCUCCAGCUUUGCCAUCCUCGCUGUUGCCGCCCUUGUUCAGGCUAACCCGGCUCCCUCUCCUGCCCCUUCUCCCGCCCCCGAUCUGGGUGACUUCCUCGACGGCGUUUCUACCUGGCUCACAGGAAAGGCCGGCGAAAUCUCCACCUGGGCCGAGGGAAAAGAGAGCGAGGCCUCGUCCUUCGCCAGCAAGAUCAAGUCCAACGUCGAUGUCGGUCUCUCUAAGGGCAGUGCAGCCGCCAGCGCCAUCCACUCCAUCUUCUCCGAUGAGCCCUCCAAGGUCAUCGCCAGCCUGACCUCCGAGGCCGGCCCCAAGUUCAGCUCCCUCAGCAGCCUUGCCGCCACUGCCACUGGCGAAGCUGCCUCGUCAGUCAGCUCUGAAAUGUCCAAGCUCAGCGCCUCCCUCGCCAGCAAAACCAGCGAGGCUGCCGCUGCUGCGUCCGCCAAUUCCAAGGAUGCUGCCCCCGUCCAGACUGCCUAUAUUGCCAUGGGCGCGCUGAUCGGCGGAGCUGCGGUUCUUGCCAACAUGUAA